AUGAUUCAGAUGCGAACACUGGGAACGCAGCGUGCGUUAAGUGGUGCUGGCAGUAGUACGCCUAGUGAAGAAGGCUUCGUUAGUGGUUGCUUUUCACUAUUCGACAUUCAGCAAUCCACCAACCACCAAAACUCUCUGCAGCAGAAGUGCUGUUCUGAAAGUGGAGCAUCAUAUGGUGAAAAUGAACGUAGUGCGAUGCUUGUUGCCCACGAUAUGACUGAGCGAAUAACAUCUGAGAGUAUGCUCUCUGCAGCACCACUUCAGUAUGUUGUUGAUGCAACAUCGACCCAGUUGCCGGGUUCAUGGUUCUAUGAGAUCGGCUCUGACGAAACUUCUGGCUCACCAACUGGGGAAUUUCACGAUGAGUUCAGAUCUGCGCUCUCACUUGGAGCUAGAAAUGUGACAGAAAGCGUUGAGGUACCAAGCAGCGAACACGUUGCAGAAAUUGUCGGUCGUCAAGGGUGCAAAAUCAAAGCAUUACGUGCUAAAACGAACACUUACAUCAAAACACCAGUUCGAGGAGAAGAACCUGUAUUUGUGGUAACUGGCAAACCUGAGGAUGUUGCUGAUGCAAAACGGGAGAUUGAAUGUGCAGCUGAACAUUUCACACAGAUUAGAGCUAGUCGAAGACAUAGUCAAGGAGGUGCACCUGCUCCCGGACAUAUUACAGCUUAUGUUAGGGUACCUUUAAGAGUGGUUGGACUCGUCGUUGGACCAAAAGGGGCAACAAUCAAGCGUAUACAGCAAGACACACACACCUAUAUAAUAACACCAUCUCGCGAGCGUGAACCAAUUUUCGAAGUGACUGGCUUACCACACAAUGUUGAUGCAGCAAGGCGUGAAAUUGAACAGCACAUCUAUCAACGUACAGGAAAUAUGCCAAUCACCGAUCCGAAUGCCUCCAUUCAGUCUUAUGAUAUUCAGGGAAAUGUCACAUCAACGGGUAGCAUUCGUUCAUCUGGAAUGAAUUAUAGUGCUCUUGCUCAACAACCAAUUCGAAGACAGUCUACCGUUGAGUCCCUCACAAAUGGCACUGCGAGUGGCUCACUGUUGUCAAAUGAUUUGCACAAGUCCACUGCAAAUGAUCUCUUUUUCGACGUAUCUGCGUUCAAUAAAUUGAUUCAGCAGUCACACGGUUGUGGUGUAUCAUCAUCAGGUUCACCGCCUCCAUCAGGCUCAGCGCCAACAUCAGCUUCGAAUUGUUACCAGUCCUCAUCAUCAGCUGCAUCAACUGGCAGUUGCAGUAUCAGUAGUGGUAGUGGAAGCAGUAGUGUAUCAUCGUCUCAUUUGUUAUAUAAUGCUCUCGAUCUUUGCUCAUUGAACGCAUCGACACUACUCAAUAAAACAACAUCUCAGGUGGUAAUCCCCCCCCAAACACAGCAACACUUCAUCUCUGACAAUGCAUUAUUAUCAUCACAUAACUCCACACCUACACCAGCUCAUUAUCAGCCUUGGUCAGCUGUCUAUUCAUCUGCUGGUUUAACUGCUUCUAGUGCUACUACUGGCAGUUCACAGGACUUCAACACGAAUCAGACGUCUACGAACAAUGCUCUAAUCACAAAUACGCAUUCGGCAGCAAUUCCAUUCUUGAGUUCGUCUUCAAGACCGUCACUAGGUUCUAUAUUAGCGAACAUGGCUGGUGGAUGCAGUGGUGCGUCGAAUGAUUGUGCCUCGUUCACUACCCAACAUUCUUCAUCACUUAGAGAUGAAGGCAUCGGUGAAUCACCAAGCUUCAACGUUGGUGCAUUAGGAGCAAAAAACAAUGAUCCAUACCACUUAAUGAUGGCAUCCAUUUGGUCGGAUCUUGAAGGAACGACUCGUGAACAACCACCAUCGGCAGCCACCACUUCAGUUGAUAAUACGGCUGUUGCUACUGCGUAG